AUGGGGAGUGGACCGGAUUAUUCAAUAUUUGUUGGGGAGCUUACCCCGGAAGUGGAUGACUUUCAGCUCUAUGACUAUUUCCUGAAGAGGUACCCUUCGUGUCUUGACUGCAAGAUAGCGACGGAUCUACUGGGAUAUUCCAGAGGGUAUGCCUAUGUCAGAUUUGGUGAACAAGGUGAUCAGAUGAGGGCACUGCAAGACUGCCAGAAUGCGCCAGGUCUGGGGGGAAAACGAAUUCGGCUGAGCAUAGGAAUUUCUAAAAGGCUGAAAGCAGAAUUCCAGCGGUACCCGUCAUAUAACUAUAACGAUUAUUAUCAAGAUUAUCAGAACUACUACUCGCAGUGGAAUUAUGAUCCUUAUGCUGACUACAACUAUAGCUCCUAUGCUGCUUAUGAUAACAUGCAGGCUGUUGGAGACUGCUCUUUAGGAGAUGCUGUUAUGGCUCCAGCUGUUUUUGAGGAUACUUCAGCUAUGGUUGAAAUCAGUGAUGAGCUAAUAAUUGAAGAUCCCCAACUUCACCUGGAUAUUGAUGAAAUGAACAGACAAUUUAUGGAGACAAGUGAAGAAUUCUAUGAUUCGCUCAUGAAUUGUCACUGGCAACCUCUGGAUACGGUCACUUCUGACAUCCCCUUUGCUAUUUAAGUGUCUUAUAUAGCAUGACCGUUAUGACCAAGGUGCUAAAACUACAUUUCUUCUACAUUACUCUAGAUCAUAAGUUUUAAAGCACAAUGAUAAGUUGGGUUUUUUUGCUAUGCUUUUGACAGAUUCUGUAAUUUUUUGUUCAUCACUCUACUCUUGGAGCAUCUUGAAAUCAUGUAAAUAUUCUAGAAAUGUAAAGAGUUAAAGGGGGUCUAAAGAUAGACUUGCCUCUGUAAAUAAAAUUUUGUUUCUGCAAACCUGCCAGUAGGGGAUCUUA